AUGGCGCACAGGGUCCUGGAGCUGACGCUCGUCUCGGCGAGCAACCUGCCGAGCGUGAACCUGUUCAGCGGCAUGCAGGUGUACGCCGUGGUGUCCGUUUACGGCGACCCUCGCACGCGGCAGCGGACUCUCACCGACCGCGAUGGCGAGACGGAGCCGGCGUGGAACCACACGGUCUGGUUCGCCGUCUCGCCCACGGCCGCCGCCGCGGGGCGCGCCUACCUCCACGUGCUCCUCCGCACCGAGCGCUACUUCGCCGGUUCGUUCGGCUUCGGCGACUGCGACGUCGCGGCGAGGUGUUCAUCCCCGUCGCUGACCUGCUCGCGGGCGCCUGCGCCGCCGGAGGAGAGCAGCCGGCACCGCGGCGCGCUCAGCAUUGCGUACCGCCUCGGCCCCGUGGUGGUGCCCCCCUCGGAACCCGAUUGCCAGGCGGUCAUGCCGCCGUGCCGGCCGGCGCGGAGGAAUUUCAAUUGGAACGGUCGCUUCGUGCUGGGGAUCGGCUCGGGGCUGGUCGGCGGAGGCUUCACGGGCACGGCGGCAUAUAGAUCCGGGUAG